AUGACUGACGCUCGCAUUGUUUCCGCUACAGCCAAUACCAAGGUUCCUGCGGAUAUGGCACGACGAAUGGAACGCGUCACGAAGAAGAAACCUCCCAAACAAGUUCUGGUGGAAUUUUUUUUGAACGCAGAUGAAAUACAAUCCCGACCUCUUAAUCUUGCUGAACGGAUUACGCGAUCUUUUGCCCCACAACCCGGCGCUGUCGAAAGGGAAGCGAUGGAUUUGCAGGAUCAGACGCUUAGAAUUUUUAACACAGAGCUCCUGGAAUUUGCCGGGAUUGUCAUGCGCCUUUCCUUGGAUCAUUCAUUUGCAUUGCUAGAUUCGGACUGGCAACGAACUGCGUCCGAUCGAGAUGCAUUGGAGUGCAAGCUGGAAGUCGAAGCUGCCGCGGCCGCGGCACACGGUGUCUCACGUAUACCCGUUGAGAAGCAACACGAUAAUGCAUGCGAUGACAACUCCGACCCCACGUCUGAAACGAACAAGGCGAGGGGUAUCAUGGGAUUUGCUCGGUUCAUGGCAAAGAAUGCAAAGAAAUCCAUUGCCUCGGCAGUUAAAACCGUGGAAAAGAUGAUGGGAGACGGUUCAGAACUGCUCAAUCCACCCGAUCAUCGUCCGCUUUGCAAAGAGGAACGGCAAGCCAUUUUGUUGAUGCAGUCAUUUUGUCCACAACAGUCGACGCCAGACUACAUGGUUGGUACCACUAUUGCUCAGGGAUUUUCGCGUUGCAUGCCAAACUUGACCCCUCCCGUAUUGACGCGUACUGGAGUUGUUCGAGGGGAUGUUGCUCGACUGCCGCAUCAAGGAAUUGAAGGCUUCGUACGGGACAACGUCAUUCGUCGAGAUGUUUUUGAUAACGCCCGGGACUACCACAAUGUUAUUGCAGAAUGUCAAACAUUGCAGGUCGAUGACUUGCUACUCAACCUGGAGGGCUCAAUUUUGGACGAGGAGAAAGCUGUGAAACUCGUCACGUGGUGGACCAAAUACAGCCGUGUUGAUCCUAACGCGACCGCUACCAAAAGUCUGGCCUUAAAAGAUGCCAUAAGAUUUAACGAAAACCUACUGACUGAUACCAAGGACAAAACAUCCGCGGGGCGAUCUAUUGUGCUGAUGCGCAAUCUUCUUUUUUUCGUUGCCAAGAAAAAGAAAGGGUAG